GAUCAUGUGUGGGCCAUUCCUUUCAGCUGAUGGUGGAUUGCGGCAUGUGGUCUUCUGCAGCGUGGAGUGGCUUCAAAUGACGAAUAUGGCUACAAUGUAUGCGCUGAAGCCAAUUUAUGAUGACAAAAUAGAUUUACAACUGCCUAACUGUAUGUAUAAGAUGGACAACGUAAACAAAUCUCGUCAGACACAGAUGGAGGCGCCUGUUAGUGACGAUGAUGAUAACCCUUUAUCUGCUUUGGAAAGAAGACAAGACAGAAUCCUCCAACAGUUAGAGAAGUUAAAAUCUGAAGUUAAUAAUUUACUUGAAAAAUCAGAGAACCAAAAAUCGAUGGAUGUCAAACAGGAAACUCCAUGCACUGCUGUGAAAAUGGUAAUAAAUAGA